AUGUCUCAGAUGACGCUGGACCGCCUUAGGAAUGAGCUCCACCCCAUCGUCACCCCCAUUCAUACCUUUGAAAGGGUGGACAGGACAUACCUCGCUUUCCUUGUGCGCGAGGCGGCAUUCAGCAAGCACGCACGACCUCGACUCUGGGUGCAGUACAUGUCGUUUGUGGCGUGCCCAAAAUCGCAUUUAAAUCCACGCAUCGUUGAAGUCGAGAACGGAUUCAGGAUCGCCGACGAGGUGGCCUCGCCCCCGUGCGACUGCGAAGGCACACACGUCCUUUCCAUUCUGGUCCAUGGCGCCACCAGUCGUAAGCAAUUCCGAAUCUUUCUUCAGCUUUCUCUGCUGGGGAACGGGGAUAGCUCGCUCACCUGUGUCUCCAAUGGCUCCAUUUGGCACAGACUUUCCCCACGAGGUCUCUUUCUGUCCUUGAUCCAUUAGUGACGAUCCCCAAAUCACUUACGCCGAACGACUGGCUCAGAUUGGCCUUAUGAGUGCAACUGCCUCGAGACCGCUUUCUGCUUUCGCAUUCCAAGCUCUACAGAUGGGAGAAUCUUGCUGGGUUGUUGAUCCCUCGUCCGUUGAUGGGAUGUCCCAAGGGAUGGAUGAUCAUUAUGGAAGAUGCGGAUGGGGACAUUCAGGCGGGCUGGCGUCUCAUUAGUUUGUAAGUUGAGGUCAAAUUCAGCGCGAUUCAUGAGUCUUGUGUGGGCCGGUGCUAAUCUAUUCCCCUGCAUGCGCACUUCUCUAGGAUCGCGAGCCUCAAUGGCAACGAGCACUCGACGAGUUCCGAGCAUUGGCCGCACACAAGACUGGAUCCGACAAUCGCCUCUUCCACAUAAAGGGUUCAUUUGCCGCCAAACGUCCUGCAGGAUUCGCACCAACACAUUGAACCUGCCAAACCGGGCACCUACACUUGAUCACUUGUUUGCGCGUGAUGGAAACUUUUAGCAAUGGCGCAACCAGGCAGCCAAGUAUGACCCACAAGCGACUACGCCGGACUUGCUCAUCAGCGCGGCAGAAAUAUCGGAAAUGAAAGAGGCGGUCGAGCGGGCGCCGACCCCGUCCAAGAAGGUACGUCGUUCAGCCUGAUAGUCCAGAGAACGCCCUGCUCUGCCCUGAUCCUCUAACAUCUCCACUUGCGGGCAUGCACAGAAUCUUAAAAAGUUGCUGACGAUGGCGCUGAGAAGCUCGGGCCGGGAAAACCGACGCGGCUCUUGUGGCGUGCGUGUGUCGUGUGUCGGCAUAACGCUGUUUCCAAGAUAUCCAACCUUGAGAGGAGCGGCGGUACGUACGUAUGCCUGUACCAUCUUCACAACAUCGUUGCAGUGUUUAAUUACUGUCCUCCUCAUUGGGGGUGGCUCGACAUUGUAGGCUGUACUAUGCCUUGGCUCUGAUCAAGCACGUCUCAGAACAAGAACAGCCCGAAGCCAACAUUGGGGUCUUGUAAAACAUUGCCUGCAACCUCAAGCAUCACAUUCAGAACGCGCGUUUAGGUAUCAAAUUCUCUCUUGUGGUCGACUCGACUGAACAUACUCGUUUCUCGCGAUGUGUAGAGCGAUGAUUAGUGCCUAAACGAGCCCUAGUUAGUGCCUAAAUCCCCCCCCCCCCCCCCCCCCCCCCCGUGUUAAAUUUGCCACAAGUGUCUUCGCGCUUUCGCGCAUCAAUGGCCCUGUCACGUCGACGUGAACCCUCAACUUUUCCCCAACUUCGGCUGCACCGAUGGCGAAGGCGUCCAGGUAUCACAUACUGCAGGUUACAUAAGUAGAUUGAUCCUGCGCUUUAAACAUGUCGUAAUUUAUUUUUCUACUCGGCGCUUGCCCCCACCCCUACCCACUGGCAGAUCUAA